UGCCGCUGCCCAGGGGCUGCCGUACUGUGCCGUGGCUGGGGCUCUGCCGAGGCAGCGGGAGAAGGGGGAAUUAAGGGGCGGAGGCUGCGGGGAGGGGGCCGCCACCCGCUUCCUGGGGGAGACGAGGAGGGGAGGCUCCCAUCCCCGAGCCCGAAAAGCAAAGGAAAAAGCGCCCGCCGCCGUGCCCGGGUUUCCAAGGCGCUCGCUCGGUGCCGAGGUCGCGCCGAUCCGCAUGCGGGCGGCGGCCGGGGCGCGGAGCCGGGGGAAGACGCCGUUGGUGUCGCCGUGGGAUUUUUCCACUUUGAGACCUACCCGGACCAGUUGCUACGGAGCAGGCGGCGGCGAUGGGGAGGAGAGCGGCUCCCUCCGAACGCGAGCAACAAAUGGCAGCGGGGGCGGCGGCGGAGCUGGCCGCGGCCAGGUGUGUUUUUAAGAAGAGUACUGACCAUGAAGAAAUCAACAUGUUAAUCAAUUUUUACUAAUCCCACUGAAGAAAAUGAAGCCACACUUCAGCUUUGCCCAUCCUUUUCCCACCACUGUUGGCUGAAUGAGAAAUGGUCAUGUGAUUAUGCUCACACCCCAGCAUGCAUUUGGUAGACCUGUGGUUAACUCGUUCCCUCUCCAUGUGUCUACUCUUACAAAGUUUUGUCCUCAUGAUACUGUGCUUUCAUUCUGCCAGUAUGUGCCCAAAAGGCUGCCUCUGUUCUCACUCCGGAGGUUUAAACGUCAGCUGUAGCAAUGCAAACCUCAAGGAGAUACCCAGAGAUCUUCCACCAGAAACAGUCUUACUUUAUUUGGACUCCAAUCAGAUAACAUCUAUCCCCAAUGAAAUUUUUAAGGAUUUGCACCAACUGAGAGUCCUCAAUUUAUCAAAAAAUGGGAUUGAAUUUAUAGAUGAACAUGCCUUCAAAGGGGUGGCAGAAACUUUGCAGACUCUGGAUUUGUCCGACAACCGGAUUCAAAGUGUGCACAAAAAUGCUUUCAACAACUUAAAGGCCAGAGCCAGGAUUGCAAACAACCCAUGGCACUGCGACUGCACACUGCAGCAGGUAUUGAGGAGUAUGGCCGUCAACCAUGAGACGGCCAACAAUGUCAUCUGCAAGACCUCUGUGCUGGAUGAACACGCUGGGAGACCAUUCCUCAAUGCUGCCAAUGAUGCUGACCUCUGUAACCUUCCCAAAAAGACUACCGAUUACGCCAUGCUGGUCACUAUGUUUGGCUGGUUCACCAUGGUGAUCUCAUAUGUGGUUUAUUACGUCCGGCAAAAUCAGGAGGAUGCAAGGAGGCACCUUGAAUACUUGAAAUCCCUGCCAAGCAGGCAAAAGAAACCAGAUGAAGCUGAUGACAUUAGCACUGUGGUAUAGUAUUCCGAAUAUAAUGACUGCCUUUGCGAUGGAAACUAGAUUCAGAUGACACUAACACCAGAGGUUUACUUCUAAUAUUCAUUGUAAACAUUAAGACUUUUUUUUUCCCGUUUAACUGAAUUACGCCACUGUUGAGCUUUCUAACAGAGAGUUUUGUCUGGGUGGUAUACUCUAAUUGUUUCUCUGGUAUUCUAAAGCAAGUGAAUUAAUAUGUAAACCUUAGUUUAGACCCAUUCCACUAUUUAAUAAUGAAAUUUAUUUUUUUAAUUUGAAAAAACAAAUAAAAGUGUAAAUUUGAACCAUGUAAAA